CAGCCAACCUACAAGCCAUCCAGGGCUUUGGCCAGGUCAUGGUCAUGUGCCAGUAGAACGGGGGGAUGCCUUUCCUCCCUGAUAUGUUCCCAGUCGCCCUUCCAGGAGCGGGGACCAUGCCCCUACAAGCUCCGAUGGCGGUGACGUCGUUCCAGACGCCGAUGCCGCAACCAUCACCUUUCCAGCCCCAGCUGGUCAGCACCAUGGCCCCUGUCAACUUGGCCGGUGCACUUAACGCUACAGGGCCGUCGCGUCCCCCGCAAGCUACGGAUCCGCAGAUCACUCCUGAUGGUCAUUGCGUCUCGAUUGAGAGUGAUGACGGCGAGUGGGACAUCCCAAGGGCCCACAAGAAGAAGAAAGGAAAAAACAUCCGGCCAGCGAUCUCCCGAAACUCCGCCUUCGAAAGGCUGGGGGAUAGGGAGGAAGGCCAGAGGAAGUCAGCCAAGCAGAGGCUGGGGCAGAGUGUUACCCACGUCAGCGCGUUCGCCCGGCUAGGCAAGGUGCGGGAGGCCGAGCCAGCCCGCACCCGGCGCUCCCGGUCUAACCGGCAGGAGCCAGCGAGGACGAAGGCCUCCCACCAAGAAGGGGAGGCAGAGAGCCAGCCCAGGUUACCGGUGGCGAACCGGUUAACCAUCCCAAACGACCGCGUCCAGCAGAUGGAGGCAAAGCUGGAAAGGCUGGAAAAGAAGGUCGGGGAGAAGAAUGACCGGGACAAACCCCUGGCAGGGUCCCCGUUCACCACAAGGGUCCAUCUGACACCUUUCCCGCGAAAG